AUGGGACGAACCAAGCGUGGCGGAACGCUAGCUGGCGCGGCGAACAAAUUGGCCGAAUCGUUGCUGGAGGAGUCGUCGGACAGUUUAAGUCGAAGCAGUGAUGGUGGUGUAAGAUCGACCUCCGUAACACCGGUGCAAGAGGUUUUGGUUGGCCGUGGCCGUGGCCGCGGGCGUGGAAGAGGUUUCGGUCGAGGAGGUCGACGGGGCAGAGGUAGAGGCAGGGUUGCUAUCGUGGAAACGCCGGCAGCCGGUGUCGAGGUGCUAGAAGAGGUUCGCACGAUCGACCCGGAUGUAUCCGGAGUUGUGGAAGACCGAGAAGAGGAGGUCGAGAUUAUCGAAAUAUUGGACGAAGAGUCGUUGGAUUGCGGGGAUGGGGUCUCCAUCGAAGCAGAGGACGACAGGAAUCUCGCAGAAGAGUCCUCCUUUCCGGAGGAAGCAGAGCGUUCGGCGGCUGUAGCGAAUGAGAUGGUGCUCGCGAUGGAAGGGGCCGACGGGGAAACCGUCCUGCCCCUAGAGGGUGAUGCUGGAGCAACCAGAAAAUCGAAACGGCAAGUAAAAGUAACAAAUAAGUUUCGUGACUAUGUGGUCGAUGCUCCGCUGCCAAUGUCUCAGCCUAUGCGUACGUACGCGAGCAACAGAUCACCCAAGGGAAUGGCGUUGAGCGUGGGACCGAGUGCCAGCACUAGCAAACAGAUUACACCCUGCUGGAGCGUACCCAUGGGAGCGACAAGGGGCAGAAAAAAGCGGUCUACAAUCAGCACCAUCUUGGAUAUAGCGGGUGUUGAUCCGAGCGAUGAAACGAUACAACUUCCCUGUCCGGAGGAACGCGACAACUCUUUGAUUACGCUCAGGUUCGACGGUACCAUGUUUGGGGACGACGACAGUCUGUCCUGCACCCCCGCUAGUCCUGUCUGUAGUCAGCUAGAAGCGUACGAAUCUUCUUCGAUAACUACCUCGAAACCCACCAGCUCCGGGCGGGGUCGAAAAUCACGUGGUGGUGGUACCACGAUCACUGUUCCCGAACGUCCCGCCGGUUCCACAUUUAUUCGUAGAUCAUACAAAACAACAAGUGUCUCGAACGUCACACAGGAGGACACGCCGUUUCCGGAAGAACGAGCAAAGGGACGACGGGACCGACCGAGUUCAGGACCGGACUGUGUUGGAAGUGAUGGUGCGGAAGACGUCGACAUCAUCGUUCUGCAAGCCGAUGAGAUAAUAACGGAUUCCCCGGUCGCGGAGGCAUUCGCUGCCGUGGGGCCAACGAAAUGGAGAGGUAGAGGAGGUCGUGGCAGUCGCGGUGGACGAGGAGGACGGGGAAGUCGCGGUGGUCGGGGCUCGCGAGGAGGCCGCGGUUCCCGUGGAGGAGCCAGUGCUCCCGUAGCGCAACCUGCUGACAGCGGUGAGCGCAAGCGACGGAGCAAAGCGAGUGCGGACGAGAAAGAAGAGUCUCGGACGGAAAUGGAGGUUUCCUGCGAAAUGGUGGAAAUCCUUUCGCACUCGGAUUUGGUGGUCGAAGAAGUAGUUGUGGACGAUGAGACGAAGGUUGUAGAGAUUGAGAAGGAAGCGAUUGUGGAGGUGCCGGAUGAUGUGCAAAAAAUGGUUGAAAUACUGACCGGCAAAUGUAAAGAGAAUUCAUCCGGAGGACUAUCGUCAAUUCCGGUUAUUCCCGAACCUUCGGUGGCAAACCAACAGAAGGACGAACAACCAACGGAGGCUAAUCCUGUGACGGGUGAAACGGUCAUCACCACCACAGCUACUGCCACCGGCAAUGUGGAUGAACCGAAAGACCGCCAAGAUACGUCUCCUGCCGUAGAGAUCCCUCAGUGCGCUGCUGUCGUUGCUACUGAAGAACUGAUUGAGCAUUCUUUCAACCCACCGGAAACACCCGAGCUGCAAGCCCCACCAGACGAAGUACCUGAAGUCGCCAGUGAACAGAAGGAAUUAAUUAGAACACCUACCAAGUCGGUUUCAUCUAAAACGGAAGAAACUAUAUCCAAAAUCGAAAUGCCCAAAAAGGAUCGACAGCAUCAGGCAGAAAAAUCUGUCGACAGUCCUACGAAAAAAUCUCACAAGGAUCGAUCAUCGAAAGAUGAUCGUUCUGCAUCGAAGGACAAACACAGAUCUGAAAGAACUUCACGAGAUGAUCGCAAGAAGGAAAAAAAGCGCCACGAUGACGAUGGUGUCCGCAAACGCACGGAAGCGAAGGAUCGAUACACCGAAAAACACAGACAGCACAGUGAACAUCGAGAGAGCGCCUUGCAAACGGGCGAUCUAAGCACCGAUCGAUCGUCAGAGAUCGGGGCCGAACAGGACCGCACUAAAAAGAAACAGGAAAAUGACAAGAAGAGCGAGGGCGGAGUAGAAAAAAGUCCCGCUGCUGCAUUAUCGACGUUUAUCGAAAAUCGCAGGCGAUCGCAGGUGAUGUUACCGAUCCGCCAGGAUAAACCUAAAAAAUCCUUCGACACAGAACUGCAGGCUCUGGAGAUGAAACCGAUUCCGCGCAAACCUGCCGACGAAUCGCGCCGUCGCGAUACGAAAGAACGGGAAGAUUCAACGUCCUCUUCUACGUCUUCUUCGCACCACCGGAAGGACAGCCAUCACAAGCACGGCAAAAGUAGUAAGCACGCCAGACCCGAUUCGGGUUCGGUCCGAUUGUCCGAGUCGGUUGGCGGUUCCGGACACAAGUCGCGCCGUUCCAAGGAGGAGGAUGACAAACGGCGUAGCUGGGAGAGUUCGAAAGGAAAAAAGAGUACUUCCGGAGACUUUCCAAAGGGCGACAAUCAGCGCGAUGGGUUAGCGGUGGUGAAAAAGUCUAAAUCGAAAGAUAAAAGAGAAUCAGAAAAACCUAAAGAUGUAACGCCCAGGGAACCAGUAUCGCCUGUGCAUCGCGUUGAGUCUGCUCCGAGUGGCUCCGAGUGGCUCCGGGAAGUGGCUCCGAGUGUUUCGCUAGAAUGGCACGAGAAGAAACCGACCGUUGAACCCGGACCCGCGGAACCGAUGGUAGAGAGUGCCGUCCAUAUUACUCCAGCGGAAGAACCCACCCCGGAUCAGGUACACAAACCAUCUCCGGAUGCCCCAAAAAUUGUCACAAAAGCCUCACUGAAAAUGUACAAAAUAGAGGACGACUGCCAGCCAAUCAUCGAUGUUCCAGCGUUACUGCCCAUGGAUCCAGCUGUUGGGGAUCUUAUUGCACCCCUAGCAGAACAGGUGAAAGUCGAACAUCCGGAAUCCGUAACGAUGGAAGCAGCUGUAGCGGAACCGUCGCAGGAAGCUGGAAUAAAAGCGGAAUUGGAGGAUAUAAAAGUCAUACUUCCGAAGCCGGAUGAGGAGGAUGGAAUGUUUAGCGAAACCGAAACGAUUCAUUCGGAGCGCAGCUCGGACUACGGGUUGGGACUCUCGGAUGGCGAAGGCACACUGAGCGGUCUUGCUUCGGAGGAUGACUCUGGGCUUCGGAGUGACUUCAGCACACCCUGUGACCUCUCGUCGGGUGAUGAAGCGGAACCGGCGAGCGUGUCGGAGGUUCAGGGCAAACCCGCGACAGGGAGUGGACAGGAUCCUCACUCGCAGCGUGUCGACUUGGUCCGCUUGAUCGAAAGUUACACCGAUGAUGGUGUGAUCCGUCGCUCGACACGCAUCAAAACGAUCAGCUCACAGAAGCAGCGCACCAGUGGCCAUGGGCUGGUGCGGGACAAAGAUCGAUUGCUGAAGAAGACCAACGUCUCCGUAGGCAUCGAUUCGAAACAAGUAGGGGCAGCAAGUGGUACAGCGGCCUUUCAAACAGGGCCGGCAGGGGCGGUAUCCGCCUGCGGCGCCAAUUGGCCCGUAACAGCGAACGAGGGCGAAAGCGUAAACAUUGAGCUGUCGGAGGAGUAUCUGCGCGACAUGGAAGACAAGCUGAGCCGGUUCGAGACGAUCCGUGAAAAUAUCUACCACUGCGAUCGGAUCGUGAGCCGCGAGGCGAAGAAGAUGACGUGCGAUUGCUUCCUGACGCACGAGGAGUUCGAGCGAGGCGAGCACGGUUGUGGCGAAGAUUGUCUCAAUCGGUUGCUGAUGAUCGAGUGUGGAUCGCGCUGUGUCGUCGGAGAUCGGUGUACGAAUCGACGGUUCCAACGACAGGACUAUGCGCACUGUCAGGUGUUCCGGACGGAGAAGAAAGGUUUCGGCAUUCAGGCGAGUGCACCGAUCGUGCCGGGAGAGUUUAUUAUGGAGUACGUCGGGGAGGUGGUGAACGGGGCGCAGUUCGACGGGCGAGCGGAGGCUUACUCGCGCGAGAAGAACAAACACUACUACUUCAUGGCGCUCCGAAGCGAUGGCAUUAUCGAUGCAACGACGAAAGGCAACAUUUCGCGAUUCAUCAACCACUCGUGCGAUCCGAACGCGGAGACCCAGAAGUGGACCGUGAACGGUGAGCUGCGGAUCGGGUUUUUCAGCACCAAGUUCAUCCUGCCGGGCGAGGAGAUCACAUUCGACUAUCAGUUCCAGCGGUAUGGCCGGAAGGCGCAGAAGUGUUACUGCGAGGCGGAGAACUGUCGCGGUUGGAUCGGGGCCAAACCGAGCGGUGGCGAAGGCGAUUCGGACUUUGACGAGGAAGACGAGGAAUCUGAUGGUGAGGAGGAAGAGGAAAGCGAGGAGGAGAAGGAAACCGGUCCGAAGGAUCCCCGUGAGAUCCCCGUUGGCCAGGAACCAUCAGUAGGAACGUCGAAAGCGAUCGCCGAUGAUCGCGCGGAUUCUCCGGAGCAAGAGAAAGCUUCCACGGAACAGGCCGCGGUCACGGCGACCACGGUGGCGGCGGUAAGGCGAAAGAAAACUCGUAGGCGUCGCGCAGCGGCACGGCAAAAGCGCCACAUUGAGCUGCACGAGGACGCUGACCUGGAGGAGGAAAUCAACAUGCUGCUGAAGACGGGCCUGAAGAAUCAGGCCCACACGCUGAAGCUGUCCCGAUUGAUGGUGCGUGCGAAGGACAUCAAAUCACGCAGCCGCCUGCUGACGUUGCUGCAGAGUGGUGAACUGGCCUGCCGCCGACUGUUCCUCGACUACCACGGGCUCCGGUUGCUGUACGGUUGGAUCUGCGAACCGGCGGAAGCGAUCGAGGACCUAAAGUUCCGCAUCCAGAUUCUGGACACGCUCGAUCGGUUGCCGAUUCCGAACAAAACCAUGCUGAAGGACAGCAAAAUUUUGCACACCAUCGAAAAGUGGUCCCGGCCGGAGAAGGGGAAGCAUGCGGCUCCCAGCGUGGUACCACCACCACCACCACCGACGCCACCGGCAGCCUUAACAGUCGAAUCGUCGAAUCUCGGCCAGGACGCGGUCGAAAAGGGGGAAAAAGAAAUAUCAAGGACGAGUUCUCCGAGUGACAGUAAUGGUGCCGGGAGCGAUAGUAGCAACGCGAGCCAGCGUGCGGACGGGCAACAACAGUCACGGACGAAGGACGUUCUGGGGAGUGUGGACGUGCUGAAGAAUAUGCCGGAACUGUUGAAGCUGGCCGAUCUGGGCAAGCUGAAGGAAAUUAUCAGCACCUGCGACAAGGAAGUUGAGAACAAGGAGAAGGCAGCGGCUGCCGCUGCUGCAGCGGCCAUCAGAGCAAAGGCGGAUCUCUCCAGCACCAGUGGUCUGCUGUCGGACAUUCAAAUCCCGGAACCGGAAGACGAGAACGCUCCCGAGGAGCAGCGGCUUCUGACGCAGAUUCGUAUACUGUCCUGCAAGCUGCUGAUCAGCUGGACCAACCUGAAGGAGGUGUUCCGUAUUCCGAAGAAGGAGCGCAUCGAGCAGAUGAAGGAACACGAACGGGAAGCGGACAUGCGGUACCAUUCGCUGGGACUACUGGAAACCGAGCACGACGACAAGCACCAGCAUCGGCAUCGGGAUAGUGGGCGCACCGGUUGGGACCGGUCAAGGGAACCGAAGCGACGCCGUUCGCUCGACGAUCGCAGCGAACUGCCGUACGGUGCGAGCAAACUGAAGAGGCCACCGUUCGUGCCGCCCCACGGUAGCACGCUGUAUCCAGCGGUGAAGCAAGAUAAUCUGUCGAAACAGGAGCGCCGCCAGCUGUUCGAGAUGAAGGUGGCGCACGAGGAGGCCGAACGGCGCAAGAAGGAGAUGUGGAUGAUGCACGAAAACGCAUGCUUCCGCUUCGGGCUCAAUCCGCAUCUGACCGCUCCGAUGGACAUUCCGGUGCGAAUGAAUCCGGCCACCAGCGAGUACUUUUCGGAGGACGAUCGGCUGCUGCCGACGCCACCGAGUCACGCGUACUUUAAAAUUCAACCACCACCACUAUCGACCAACCCGGAAGAUUACGAGCUUCCGGCGAAACUGAAGUUGCCGGCAUACUGGCGCUUUGCGAUCGACGAUCGCGGCCGGUUGUAUUACUACCACGUCAAGGAUCGCAUCCCGCAGUGGGAACCACCGAAGAAGGCGGGCAAGGCGGUCGGUGCGUUUGCCGACGAAGACAUUUCGAUGAGUUCCGAUUCGAGUACGACCGAUACAUGUGACUCGAGUGAGGAGGAGCUGACACAGCAGCUGGAGCAGCUACUGAAGAAGAAGCGCAAGCAACAAUCCAGCUUCAACCUGGACGAUGUUUUGGCGAAACCGGACGACAUGAACGACGAUAUGUCGAAGACGGCACCGAAACAAGAAUCCGGCGAUGGUUCACCACAGAUGUUGACGUUGGAGGAGAUCUUUGGUGAAUCGUCUGCAGCCACGGCGGCCACCAUCGACGAAGCGGCUGCGCAACAGUUGCUGCUGAGACGGAAACGGAAGCACAGCCUAAAGUUGGUUCAAGCCCGGAUCAUUAGCCCCCGCACCGAAGAGGACAAACAGUACGGCCAGAUGGAGAUGAAGCGCUACAAGGAGACGAAGGAAAAGUUGCGUAAACGCAAGGAGGAAGCAAAACGGUUGCGAGCCCGCAGCAUGUUCGACAAAACGUUGGCGGACGGGCCGUUCGGUGGUCCACUCGAUAAGACGUCCCUGGCGACCAUCGUUACCGGUGGCUCGGAUGGAGCAGCCGGCGGUGGCACUGGCGGUGUCGGCGGUGUUGGUGGUGUCGGUGUUGGCGAUAGUUCUCUGAUCGAUGAUGAUCUUGUCGUGUCGCACAAGAUCGUCGAAGAUAAGUGCAUCGUCGACGAGUUGGACAUACUGACGAAGAAGAAAAAAAUAUCGCCGUACGAGGAGUGGAAGAAAGUGCAACAGCGGUUGGGCAAGAAGCGAAAGCAGACCGAAGGUGCCGCAAACGAGCCCGCGGGGCCGACGGUUCCGGCGGCUACGGUUGGCUCGCUGGGUGAUGUUUCCAUGGCCAUUGCCUCUUCCUCCUCUUCGACAGCAGCCUUAUCCGCAAAGCUGCCGAAGCGUAAAAAAUCCAGCAAAGGAGAUAUCAACAGUGAGGAGGCUCGAAAGAUUAAGGAAAAAUUCCGGGUGGAGAUUGCGGGCGUUAUCGUGCAGCACCUGAGCGCGUACCGGAAGGAGAGCUGCCAGGUGGGUCGUAUUACCAACACCGAAGACUUUAAACAUCUCGCCAGAAAGUUAACCCACUUCGUUAUGCUGAAGGAGCUAAAGCACUGCGACAAUACGGUACACGAGCUGGAGGUGACGGAUUCGGUGAAGACGAAAGCGCGCGAGUUUAUCAAAAAGUAUAUGGCCAAACACGGGCCGGUAUACGUGAAGGGCGAAAACGAGCCAGACUAUUCCAACGUGGCUCUCUGA